AUGGAGCCCGGGCUGAGCAUCGAGUCCGGGUCCGCCAUCCGCGUGGUGGUGCUGCCGGUGGGCGGCGCGAUCCCGCCGCAGUGCCUGCGGGACUACGCGGCGCUGGUGGCGCGGCACGCGCGCGUCGACCUCGCCUCGCUGCGCCCCUACUACUCGGAGCACCAGAAGAGCCCCUUCGCGCACCAGCCCUGGGACACCGGCUGCCUCCGCCUCAAGUUCGUGCUCGGAGGGUGCGUGCCCUCCCCAUGGGAGGACUUCCAGUCCUCGCGCAAGGUGCUCGCCGUCGUCGGCAUCUGCCACCUCCCCUCCUCGCCGGACCUCGCCAAGGUCGCCGCCGACUUCCUCGACGCCGCACGCACCUACCCGUCCGCGCUCGUCACCCGAUGCUUCGCUUUCUGCCCAACAGACGCGCAGUUGCUCGAGGAAAAGAAGGAUGGCAUCAUUAUGUUCCCGCCUUCCGAUCAGAAAUCGCUGGAACUUCAUAUGCUUACGAUGAUCCAAGAUCUCUCUGCUUCAUUACUGAUGGAGUUUGAGAAAUGGGUCUUACGCGCAGAGUCCACAGGAACUAUUCUCAAGACACCUUUGGACUCGCAAUCCAGUCUUGGCUCAGAGGAGGUGAUUAAGGCUAAGAAAAGAAGACUGGGCCGUGCACAAAAGAUAAUAGGAGAUUAUUGCUUAUUGGCUGGGUCACCUGCUGAUGCUAAUGCACAUUACACCACAGCAAUAGAUCUCGCAAGAUUGACAGGGGAUGUUUUCUGGCAUGCUGGAGCUCUCGAAGGCAGUGUCUGCGCAUUAGUGGUUGAUAAGAUGGGCCAAAGUGAUCCCGUUUUGGAAGAUGAAGUGAAGUAUCGUUAUUACACCAUUAUCCAGCUGUACAGACGGGCAACUCUACAAGAUAAUGCUCAAAGAGUUUCACCUGUGAGCUUUGAACUUGAAGCUGCAUUGAAGUUGGCUAGAUAUCUGUGCAGACGCGAAGUUGCCAAGGAGGUGUCAGAUUUAUUAAUGGGCGCUGCAGAUGGUGCUAAGGCUCUGAUUGAUGCCAGUGAUCGAUUGAUACUGUAUAUUGAAAUUGCACGGCUUUUUGGUUCUCUUGGCUAUAAACGCAAGGCGGCAUUUUUUUCAAGACAAGUUGCACAGUUGUACCUUCAGCAAGACAAUGCAUAUGCUGCUAUGAGUGCUAUGCAGGUUCUAACCAUGACUACAAAUGCAUAUCAUGUUCAAAGCAGGAAGACUAGCAGACAUGAUCAUGCCACAGUGAAGGAACCUGGUGCCAGCAACAGCAAUACUGAUUCUGGAAAAGCGCACCCUCAGUGUGUUGUAUCAUUGUUUGAGUCACAAUGGAGUACCCUUCAAAUGGUUGUUCUGAGAGAGAUAUUGAUGUCUUCGAUCCGUGCCGCGGAUCCCCUCACAUCAUGGAGUGCCGCAGCUCGUCUUCUUCGAUCAUUUUACCCGCUCAUCACCCCAGCUGGUCAGAGUGGGCUAGCAAGCUCACUUUCAAACUCUGCUGAUAGGCUUCCAUGGGGCACACGCUGUGCGGACCCGUGUCUUCCUUUUAUCAGGUUGCAUUCCUUACCAUUUCACCCUUCACAAAGAGAAAUAGUAAAGCGCAAUCCACACAAAAAGGAGUGGUGGAUUGGUGCGGGUCCUUCUGGGCCUUUCAUUUAUACACCUUUCACCAAGGGGGGAACAUCUGGGAGUAGCAAACAAGAGAUAAAUUGGAUUGUUGGAGAACCCGUCCAAGUUAUGAUAGAGUUAGCAAACCCCUGCAGCUUUGACUUAGUUGUUGAGAGCAUUUACCUCUCCGUUCAUUCUGGAAAUUUUGAUGCCUUUCCAGUUACUGUUAAUCUUCCAGCAAACACCUCUAAGUUGGUUCUGCUAUCUGGAAUUCCAACACAAGUUGGACAAGUGUCAAUUCCUGGGUGCAUUGUCCACAGUUUUGGUGUUAUUACAGAACACCUGUUCAAAGAGGUUGACAGUUUACUCCUUGGAGCUGCACAAGGCCUUGUUCUUUCCGAUCCUUUCAGAUGCUGUGGCUCUAGCAAGUUUAAGAGCGUUAACUUCCCUAACAUUACUGUUGUUCCUCCCCUGCCUUUAUUAGUUGCCAAUGUUGUGGGUGGAGAUGGUUCUAUUCUUCUAUAUGAAGGCGAAAUACGUGAUGUUUUAAUAACGCUGACAAAUGCUGGAACUGUGCCAGUUGAAGAAGCAAAUAUUGCAUUAUCAGGAAAGAACCAGGAUUCUGUUAUUUCAAUUGCCCAUAGCACAUGGAAGUCUGCACUUCCUAUGAAACCAGGUGGAGAAGUGACAUUUAAAGUGACACUAAGAGCCUGGCAUCUUAGCUUGACAGAUUUGGAAUCAGAUGGCAGCAGAUCUCCAGCAAAUCCAAGGAGAAUAGCAAGAGAAGGAAUCAACCCCUUCUUGAAUAUUCACUAUGCUGGUCCGUCAACAAACCAAGGUAGUGGCGAGGUUUCUCUCCCACCUGGAAGGCGCCUUGUAGUUCCAUUGAAUAUCUGUGUUGUACAGGGCAUGCGCCUUGUAAGAGCACGCCUGUUAUCCAUGGAAAUACCAGCCAGGUUUAGUGAAUCACACUUGAAAUCUGCCAGUGAUAAAGAUAAUAUAAGCAACGGAAGUGAUAUGUUGCACAAUGACAUUAGUUUAUUGAAGAUUGAUCCUUAUAAAGGAAGUUGGGGGCUCCGCCUUCUGGAGCUAGAACUUUUCAACCCUACGGAUGUUGUUUUUGAUGUUGAUGUUUCUGUCCAGUUGGAUGGGACAAAUGAAAAGCAAAUGUUACUUCCAGAAGAUAACACUGCCGAUGCGGCUUGUCACAAAACCAGAAUUGACCGGGACUAUUCUGCCAGGGUUCUCAUACCACUUGAGCACUUCAAAUUACCUGUUCUUGAUGCUUCCUUUUUCAUAAAGGAAAACGGAAGCGAUGAGCCAAUGGGGUCCAAAGCUGCCACCAUAGCUGAAAAGAAUGCCAAGGCAGAGUUGAACGCUUCUAUCAGCAACUUGAUUUCAAAAAUAAAAGUGAGGUGGCACUCUGGGAGAAAUAGCUCAGGUGAGCUGAAUAUCAAAGAUGCUAUUCAGGCAGCAUUACAAGCGUCUAUAUUGGACAUAUUGUUGCCUGAUCCCUUGACAUUUAGCUUUAGACUUGCUAAAGACGGGACUAUGACUGGUGAUGAUUCCGGGCAUUCUGCUGAUGAGAAUGUUGGCCCAUCUACUGGUGAGAGUGUUCUGAGGUGUAAAGAUCCUAUAUCAGCUCAUGAAAUGACCCACAUGGAAGUUCAAAUUCGGAACAACACGAAGGAAAUUAUCCGGAUGAACCUCAGCAUCUCAUGCAAAGAUGUCGCAGGAGAAAACUGCUUCGACGAAAACAGUGCAACCGUCCUCUGGGCUGGUGUUCUUAGCGACAUACAGCUGGAGGUUCCACCAUUGCAGGAGGUGGUGCACCCUUUCUCUGUCUACUUCCUAGUACCUGGAGACUACUCCCUACAAUCUUCUUCUGUUAUAAUUGAUGCCACGGAUGUUCUUCGUGCUCGGGCAAAGGCUGAGUCACCGGAUGAACCUAUUCUGUGCCGCGGAUCCCCAUUCCAUAUCCAUGUAGUUGGUACAGAGUAGCGAACACUGUUGUUUGGUGUAGUUUAGAGGCGGCGAUUUGUACCCUGACAUGUGCAGCUGUGAAAAUCAUGUACAAGAGCAUUAUUCUCCAUACAAUUGUGAUUUGUUCAAGCCACUUGGAGGCCUUCCUUUGUAAGUCAAUUGUGUUUGUGUACAGUGUAAAAGCAUAGUGGAGAAAUUUGUUUCGAACACUUGUGAAAUUUUUGGCCUGAUGGUUUUUCUGCCUGGCAUUAAAAUGACCAUGAACCGUA